AUGGAACUAGCCAUUCCACAGAUAUCAUGCUGUGAGAUUCCUAGUUUCCUUCGAGAUUUUGAAGAAUUGGCAGCAAUAUCUCUUUGCCACGACGAUUUUGAACAAAAUUCGGAGAAAUUUCGUAAACUACUUGAUAAAAUAAAUCCAGAUGGUUACUGGUCUAUUCUAAUUGAAAAGUUUUACAAAAGAAUAAUGAAAAGAAACUUAAGCUUUUUCAAUUUUUUGAAUUUUAAUUCAGCUAAUAAAACAACCAAUUCGUCAAUAAGAAAAGAUGUUCGUAGAAGUACUGAAAGAGAUUUUGACUUCAAUGAUGAUAGAGAACUUAGUUUAAGCGAAAAAUUGGCUCAUUUCAUUGAAAAUGAUGAUAAUGAUUCGUUUAAAGCAGAAUUUGAAGAACGUGUACCUAAAGAGAAUAAUGAAAGCUUCAAUUUCCUUGUUGAUCUAACAGUUCUUAAAGAAAAUAUGGAACUUUUUAGAUAUCUAUUAAUGAAUGGGUUAAAACCAACAGAAAAAGCGUGUAAAUUAGCAGUAAUCUCUGGAAAUCUUGAUAUCAUUAGUAUUCUUAAUGAGUUAGAGUUUUCUUUUACUCCUUAUUUGACAACUGCAAUUAAAUAUCAUCACAAUGAAAUUGCUGAUUGGAUAAUUUCGAAUUCAACAAAAAUAAAUAUCAGCAGUCUCAUAUGCUUGAAAUGUUUCAAUGUUAGAGCAUAUACAUUUUGUAUAAUGAACAAUAUUGAUGAUUCUUUUGGUUAUUUACUGAAAAACAAAUUAUUCAAAAUUGCAGAUUUUGCAAUAGAAAAAGGGCUUAAAAUUGAUCAAUACUAUGAAAAAUGUCUUCGAUUUGAUUACUUAAAAGGCAUAGAAUACUUUAUUAAAAAUCACAAACCAUCUAAUGAAAGUAUUGCUGAUCUUGUUGAAAGAGGAAAAUUUGAUAUUAUCAAAUACUUGAUGAAUAAUGAGGAAAUUAGAAAUGAAAAGAAUCUAAAAAUCAUGAUGACAAAGGCAAUGCAGAUUCAAUCUAUUGAUAUGAUGAAGUUGUUAUUAGAGUAUUCAUAUGAUUUUGAAGUUAAUUCUUUAUUGUUCAAAGCGAUUGAUUAUAACGUUUCAAAUGAAAUCAUUGACCUAUUGAUUUAUAAUUCAUAUAAAAGUGUAUUACACGAGAAAGAAAACAACAAAUUGAUGAAAUAUGCUAUUGAAAAAGGAAAUAGUUAUAUUGUUGAAUAUCUCUAUUUGAAUGGAGUUCCAAUACAAACCAAAGAUAGAAAGCCUCCUGUUAUAUAUGCAAUUGAAGCGAAAUCAGGGAAAUUGACUGAAUUUCUUUCAAUUAUAGGAUAUCAAAUUUCAAAUGAUAUUGAAUAUAAUGGUAUGACUUUGCUUGACUAUGGUAUUAAUUCUGGAUCUGAUGAAGUAAUGCAAUUUCUUAUUUUGCAUGGAAUAGAUAUACUUCAAAAGUCUUUACGAUAUCCAAAACCGCUUUGUUCUAUUUUCAAAAAUUUCAGUGUUGAAACAAUAAAUUUAAUAAGUGAUAAUUACGAAGAUUUCGAAGAAAUCGAUUCUGAUGGAAAUACUCCUUUAAUAUUGGCAUUGAAGACCAUUAAUAAGUCCAAGACAAUUGAAAUAAAUGCCGAACAAACCAUUACAAACAUUGUCGAACAAUGUCAUAAUAUUAAUUCCAAAAAUAAAGAAGGAUUUACUGCUCUUAAUUAUGCAUUUCAAUCAAAUAACUUUGAAUUAGUUAAUAUUCUAUUAGAAAAUGGCGCCGAUCCAAAGAUAUGUCCACCAAUAUUAGUACCAUAUACUAAAAGAUAUUAUGGAUCUCCAAACUAUGUGCAUGAAUCUUUAAUUGUCAUAGCAAUUAAGAAAGGAAGUGAUAUCCUUGUAAAUAAGAUUCUUGAUCGCAAGUGUGAUAUUUCCAUCAAAACAGAAAUAGAAAAUGAAACUCCUUUAAUGCUUGCUUGCCAAUAUUGUUCACCAGAAAUUGUUUCAAGAAUGAUAAGCAUUUGCAGCAAUGUAGAUGAAUGUAAUAAUGCUUCGUUAACAGCUUUGAGUUAUGCAAUCAAAAGGAAAUCAUUAGAAAUCAUCAAAACACUUCAUGAUGCAGAUAUAACGAAAUAUUCAGCGAGUGAAUAUGUUUAUUUCGAUGAAAAGGAAAGCGAUUUCAAUAAGUUCAUUAAGAUCUAUGUUUCAGAUCAAUCAAGAGCUAGGUUUACAACGGCAAUACAACAAAUUGUAAAUGUUAAACAAUUUACCAUUAAAAAAGAGAAUAACAUUGUAGAUGUAAUAGAAGAGAACAUUUCCAAGCCAUUACAAAGUUUGAUUGAUGCAUCCCAGCGAUUAAUACCAAAAGAAACUUUAAGACGGAAAAAGAAAAAACCAAGCGAUGAGAUGGCAAGCAAAGAACGUCCACAAGGAGGUCCUAUCAAAAAAGUUAUAAGAAGGAAAUAUUAUGAAGAUUCUGAUGGUGAUAGUUUUGUUGAUUUAUUUUAA